GUGGGGCAGAUUGGGCGCACCCAGAGGGCUGCGUUCCGCCUGCGCCCGAGAAGCAAGUUGCACCGCUGGGACUGGCUCAGAAUGGGGACCCGCUGGGCGACCCCUCGCCGCGUGGCGGUGCUCCUCGUGCUGCUCCUUCAGUCCUUGGAGCUGGCGGAGUCCAGUGGCCGCACAGGUAAUGAUCCAUUCACCAUCGUCAAUGAAAACACGGGCAAGUGCAUCAAGCCACUGAAUGACUGGAUAGUAGCAAUGGAUUGUGACACAACCCAGGGCAUGUUGUGGAAGUGGGUGUCCCAGCAUCGGCUCUUCCACUUGCAAUCCCAGAAGUGUCUAGGCCUGGAUAUUACCAAACCCACGGAUUCCUUGAGAAUGUUCAGCUGUGACUCCAGUGCCAUGCUGUGGUGGAAAUGUGAGCGCCACUCUCUGUAUGGAGCUGCCCAGUCCAGGCUGGCUCUGAAGGAUGGACAUGCCAUAGCAAGUACAAAUUCAUCUGAUGCCUGGAAGAAAGGAGGCUCCGAGGAAAGCCUCUGUGACCAGCCUUACCAUGAGAUAUAUACCAGAGAUGGGAACUCGUAUGGGAGACCUUGUGAAUUUCCAUUCUUAGUCGCUGGGACCUGGCACCAUGAGUGUAUCACAGACAAAGAUCACCAUGAGCCAUGGUGUGCAACCACCUUAAAUUAUGAAUAUGACCUCAAGUGGGGCAUCUGCUUAAACCCAGAAAAUGGCUGUGAAAAUAACUGGGAAAAGAAUGAGCAGACUGGAAUUUGCUACCAAUUUAAUACUCAAGCAGCUCUAUCUUGGAAAGAAGCUUAUGUUUCAUGUCAGAAUCAAGGAGCUGACUUAUUGAGCCUCGGCAGUGCUGCUGAAUUAACAUAUCUUACAGAAAAAGAAGGCAUUGCAAGAAUUUUCUGGAUUGGCUUAAAUCAGUUGUACUCUUCUAAAGGCUGGGAAUGGUCAGACCACGCGCCAUUAAACUUUCUCAACUGGAGUCCAGAUAUGCCCAGUGCACCUGUGAUAGGUGGGUCCAGCUGUGCAGUCAUGGACGCCACAUCCGGUCUGUGGCAGAGGUUUUCCUGCGAAGCUCAGCUGCCCUACGUCUGCAAGAAGUCAUUAAAUAACACAGUGGAGUUUACAGAUAUUUGGACAUAUUCAGAUACCCGCUGUGAUGCAGACUGGCUGCCAAGUAAUGGGUUUUGCUAUUUGCUGGUAAAUGAAAGUGAUUCCUGGGAUAUAGCACACAUAACAUGUAAAGCCCUCAGCAGCGACCUCAUCAGCAUCCAUUCUUUAGCAGAUGUGGAAGUGGUUGUGACAAAAUUCCAUAACGGGGAUGCCAAAGAAGAAACAUGGACAGGUCUUAAGAACAUAAAUACACCAGCUCUCUUUCAGUGGUCAGAUGGUACUGAAGUUACUCUGACAUACUGGGAUGAGAAUGAGCCAAAUGUUCCCUACAAUGAGACUCCCAACUGUGUUUCCUAUGCGGGACAGCUAGGUCAGUGGAAAGUCCAAUCAUGUGAAGAGAAACUUAAAUAUGUAUGUAAGAAAAAGGGAGAAAACAUAAGUGAUGAAGGACCUGAUAAGAUGUGCCCUCCAGAUGAGGGCUGGCAGAGACACGGAGAGACCUGUUACAAGAUUUACAAGGAUGAGGUCCCUUUUGGAACCAACUGCAAUCUGACUAUAACUAGCAGAUUUGAGCAAGAAUUUCUGAAUGAUAUGAUUAGAAAGUAUACUAAAUCUCCAGGAAAAUACUUCUGGACUGGCCUGAGAGAUGUAGAUUCACAAGGAGAAUAUAGUUGGGCAAGUGUCGGUGGAGUAAAGCGGUCUGUAACCUUUUCCAACUGGAAUUUUCUUGAGCCAGCUUCUCGAGGUGGGUGCGUAGCUAUGACUACUGAAAAGUCUCUUGGGAAAUGGGAAGUAAAAGACUGCAAAAGCUUCAGAGCACUUUCAAUAUGCAAGAAAAUCACUGAGCCUGCUGAGCCUGAAGAAGCUGCCCCCAAGCCUGAAGACCCCUGUCCUGAAGGCUGGUAUAAUCUCCCCUUGGGUCUUUCGUGCUAUAAGCUAUUUCAUAUAGAAAGAAUUGUAAGGAAGAGGAACUGGGAAGAAGCCGAGAGAUUCUGCCAAGCACUUGGAGGACACCUUCCUAGCUUCCAUCAUGUGAAUGAAAUAAAAGAAUUUCUUCACUUUUUAAUGGACCGAUUCAGUAGCGAACGCUGGCUGUGGAUAGGUUUGAAUAAAAGGAGCCCUGAUUUACAAGGAUCCUGGCAAUGGAGUGAUUAUACACCAGUGUCUACUAUUAUCAUGGAAAAUGAGUUUCUGCAGGAUUAUGAUAUCAGAGACUGUGCUGCCAUCAAGGUUACACAGACGCUAUGGCGAAGAAGCUGGUAUUUCUAUAAUGACAGAGAAAUUAUUUAUUUAAGACCUUUUGCUUGUGAUACAAAACUUGAAUGGGUGUGUCAGAUUCCAAAAGGUCGCACUCCCAAAAUACCGGACUGGUACAAUCCAGAGCGUGCUGGAAUCCACGGACCUUCAGUCAUAAUUGAAGGGAGCGAAUAUUGGUUUGUUGCCGACCCUCACUUAAACUAUGAAGAAGCUGUCCUGUAUUGUGCCAGCAAUCACAGCUCCCUGGCUACGUUAACGUCUUUUGCAGGGCUAAAAGCCAUCAAAAACAAAAUAGCAAAUAUAUCUGGUGAGGAACAGAAGUGGUGGCUGAAAACUACUGAGCAGCCAAUGAUAGAUCGUCGCUCUAUAUUCUCACGACGUCCGUGGCACCAUCACUUCCCUGUAAUGUUUGGAGAAGAAUGUUUAUAUCUGUCUGCCAAGACCUGGCUUAACGACUUAAAUAAACCAAUAGACUGUAAUACCAAGUUGCCCUUCAUCUGUGAGAAAUAUAAUGUAUCUUCAUUGGAGAAAUAUAGUCCAGAUUCUGCAGCUAAAACACAGUGCUCUGGGGAUUGGCGUACUUUUCAGAAUAAGUGUUUUCUAAUGAUCAAACCCAAGUCUCUCACAUUUCUUGAAGCAAGUGAUACUUGUCACACCUACGGUGGCACCCUUCCUACAGUGUUGAGCCAGAGAGAACAAGAUUUUAUUAUAUCCUUGCUUCCGGACAUGGAAGAUGAUUUGUGGAUUGGUUUGCGCUGGACAGCCUUUGAAAGGAUAAAUAAGUGGAUAGAUAACAACGAGCUGACAUACAGUAACUUUCACCCAUUAUUGGUUGGUCGGAUAGUGAGAAUACAAAAAAAUUUGUUUGACGAAGAGUCCCACUACCACUGCGCGCUGAUGCUCAACCACCGCAAGUCGCCUUUUGCUGGGACAUGGAAUUUCACUUCCUGCGGUGAACGCCACACUCUGUCUCUCUGUCAGAAAUACUCAGAAAUUGAAAGCAGCCAGACCUUACACAAUACUUCAGAAACUGUAAAGUAUCUAAAUAAUCUGUACAAAAUAAUUCUGAAGACUCUGUCUUGGCCUGAUGCUCUGAGGGAAUGUCAGAAAGAUCACAUGUACCUGGUGAGCAUCACAGACCCCUACCAGCAGGCCUUCCUGACUGUGCAGGCGGUCCUUCGGAACUCUUCCUUGUGGAUCGGACUCUCCAGUCAAGACGAUGAACUCAACUUUGGUUGGUCAGAUGGAAAACAUCUUAAGUUUAGUCGCUGGGCUGAAAAUAAUGAGCAACUUGAGAACUGUGUGUUUUUAGACACUGAUGGAUUCUGGAAAACAUCUGAUUGUGAUGCUAAUCGGCCAGGUGCAAUUUGCUACUAUCCAGGAAAUGAGACUGAAAGAGAGGUGAAACCAGUUAACAGUGUUCACUGUCCAUCUCCUGUGUUAAAUACCCCGUGGAUACCAUUCCAGAACUAUUGCUACAACUUCAUGAUAGCAAAGAACAGAUUUAUGCCAGUAACACAAGAUGAUGUUCAUUCUAGAUGCCAAAAACUGAAUCCCAAAUCACAUAUUCUGAGUAUUCGAAAUGAAAAAGAGAAUAACUUCGUUCUUGAGCAACUUCUGCACCUUAACUAUAUGGCAUCAUGGGUAAUGUUAGGUGUAAUUUACGAAAAUAAUUCUCUCAUGUGGUCUGACAAGACCACGCUGUCAUAUACGCACUGGAGAGCAGGAAGACCAGCUGUAAAAAAUGGCCAAUUUUUUGCUGGCUUGAGUACUGAUGGCUUCUGGGAUAUUCAAGCCUUUAACACUGUUGACGAAAUACUUUACUUUCAUCAGCACAGCAUUCUUGCUUGUAAAAUUGAAAUGGUUGACUACCAGGAGGAAUAUAAUACUACUCUGCCACAGUUUAUUCCAUAUGAAGAUGGUAUUUACAGUGUUAUUCCAAAAACAGUAACAUGGUAUGAAGCGAUAAACCUGUGUUCUCAAAGCGGAGGAUACUUGGCGAGUGUCCAUGACCAAAAUGGUCAGCUCUUCCUGGAAGAUAUCGCAAAACGGGAUGGAUUUCCGCUAUGGGUUGGGCUCUCAAGUCAUGAUGGAACAGAAUCAGAUUUUGAGUGGUCCGAUGGCAGUGCAUUUGACUACAUCCCGUGGAAGGAUGAGCAGUCUGCUGGAAAUUGUGUUCUCCUGGAUCCGAAAGGAAUUUGGAAACAUGAAAAAUGCAACUCUUUUAAGGACGGCGCUAUUUGUUACAAACCUACAAAAGCUAAAGAGGCAUCCUCUCACACAUACUCCUCAAGAUGCCCAGCGGCCAAUGGGUCACAGUGGGUCCAGUACAGGGACCACUGCUACGCGUCUGACCAAGCGUUGCACAGUUUCUCAGAAGCCAAGCAGUUUUGUUCAGCACUCGAUCAUUCUGCAGCUGUUGUUACCAUAAAGGAUGAAGAUGAGAAUAAGUUUGUGAGCAGACUGAUGAGGGAAAAUAAUAAUAUUACCAUGAGAGUUUGGCUUGGAUUAUCUCAGCAUUCCUCCGGUCAAUCUUGGAAUUGGUUAGAUGGAUCAAAAGUGACAUUUGCUAAAUGGGCAAAUAAGCAUAAGAGCAAUGGUGGAAAAUGUAGCAUUUUGUUGGCUUCAAAUGAAACUUGGAUACAAGUCGAAUGUUCACGUGGCUAUGGAAGAGUUGUCUGCAAAGUUCCUCUGCACUGUCCUUCAUCCUCCUGGGUUCAGUUCCAAGACAGUUGUUACACUUUUCUUCAAGGAAACAUCAAAGUAGAAAGCCUGGAGGAUGUCAGAAAUCAGUGCACUGGCCAUGGAGCAGAUAUGAUCAGCAUACACAAUGAAGAAGAAAAUGCUUUCAUACUGGAUACUUUGAAAAAGCAAUGGAAAGGCCCGGAUGAUAUCCUACUAGGCAUGUUUUAUGAUACAGAUGAUUCAAGUUUCAAGUGGUUUGAUAAUUCAAAUAUGACGUUUCAUAAGUGGGCAGACCAAGAUGAUGAGGAGGAUCUAGUUGACACCUGUGCCUUUUUGCACACCAUGACUGGUGAAUGGAAAAAAGGAAAUUGUGAAGUUACUUCUGUGCAAGGAACCCUUUGCAAAGCAGCCAUUCCAUAUGAAAAGAAAUAUUUAUCAGAUAACCACAUUUUAAUAUCAGCAUUGGUGAUUGCUGGCACAGUAAUUCUGACGGUUUUAGGAGCAAUCGUUUGGUUCCUGUACAAAAGAAACUUGCAUUCUGGUUUCACCACAGUUUUUUCAACUGCACCCCAAUCACCUUAUGAUGACGACUGUGUUUUGGUAGUGGCAGAAGAAAAUGAGUGUGUUUAAUUUGAAUGAAAUUUUGGAAAUCCCAGAUGAAGACAUCAAAUACACUGACAGUGAUUCAUGUUGAAGAUUUUAAUAUAAAACUUGACAAUGAGUUUUAUUGUAGAUAUCCUUAUUUCAGUAACAUUCUUCAUCUCAUUUGGAAAUGAUCUCAGAUGUUAAUGGUUUUAACCACCUUCCCAAAUGUUACUUUUCACUUGAUGAAAGCUUAAGGCCCACGCAGGGGAAAAACAAAAACCAAAAAACCCCAAACCCCGCUCUAUUUGUCUUACUUGCUCUAUCUUCCCUACCCUCCCAUUUAGUUGAACCUUACAGUUGGGGGGAAAUAAAUUCUACCUAGCAUUACAGUUUUACUAAUCACUAGGCUUGCCCUUUUAUUGAUAAAUACAAUAUGGGGAAUAAACCUUUUAAGUAAGUACUAUGUAUUUAGAUAUAUGAGUGCAAGCCUGUUACUCUGGCAUGUAAUUCCUCUAAUGUUUUUCAUCCUUAUGAUUUAGGUUUAGAAAGUUUUAGAAAUUUCUAACACCCUAAAUUCCACAAAAAUCACAUUUUACAAUUUUGUUACUUUUAGAACACCAUUUUGGACAAUAGUAUUUAGCAAUGAUCACAAAUGAUUAGAAUUUUAAUAAAAUUUUAUGCACUUUGAAAGAAAAACAAUUACAGCCACACCAGGAAGAUGGUGGGAGGCUGGUAGUAAAAGUAACACUUGUAUCCUAAAACCUUUAUAAAGAUUUUUCUAUCACCACACCUGUUCCUCUAUAAAGCUGUCUUAUAUUCCCCCAGCACUGAUGAACCAUAUCAAUAAAAACUAAGCAAAAAAAUGCACAAAAACAAUAUGUACCACUAGAGUGACCAGGUUUCAGCACACUUAAUGUACAAUUUAAGAGAAAGCGGAAAAUAAUCUUUUGGGGGUAAAAAAUAAAAAUGGUGAAAAGCUGAAACAAAAGUUACUUUUUUAAGUGUUCUUUAAAGCUAAAAACACUACUGUAAAUUAUUCACUAUUUAGGAACUCGAAACUCAAGUAUUCGGUCCCCCUAAUCAAGAGUAACUAUGGAGAAUACUUUUCUUGCAUAUGUUAUCUGUUUGACCAAAGGCAACAAAGUCACAAUUUGUGCCAUCUGUUUCCAUUGGCCUCACCAUGAAUCAAAACACCACUAAUCACAGUAACACUAGUGUUAAUGAGACAUGAGUAACUAUAGUGAUGACAGAGGGACUAUAAAAGUGUACCUUUAUGGUAUUAAAAAAUGUUAUAGAAGCUCCAUUAUACAACAAUUAUGCUCUACAAGACCUUUAAAUCUCUUAAGAUAUUUCAUAGUGAUUUAAAAGUCUACUUUAUUAGUAAGCUACUAAGUGGUACUAAUAGUAGUGAACAUUAGAAUUUUUCUUAGUCUCCUUUUCAAAUUCUUACCUUUCUUAAAAUUUCAUUACUGUCACAAAUCUCUAACAUGGUAGCCAGUAGCCAUAUGUGGCUAUUAAAAGUUCACUUCCUCAACUGUGCUAGCCAAAUUUCAAGUGCUCAAAUCACAUGCAGUUAAUAGCUACCAUAUUGAGCAAUGCCAAUGAUGUAUUUCCAUUUCUGCUGGCCAGUGUUGCUCUAGACUCCCCCUUCUACUUCACUGCCAUAUAUCUAAUUUUCUUCUGUUUGAUAACUUCUAAUGGCAGCUCUUGCAAAAUGGCUGUCUUAAAGAGAUUUAUCCCCAUGUUCAUUUUUUAACUGAGUUUUCAGAGGACCCUCAUAAUGAAAUGCUAAAUCUUAAUUUUCUUAGUAUGUAGGGUUGGUCAAAACGUUUGUCUUUUUCCUGUAAGAUGGCUUUACUAGUGCAAGUUGCCUUUAACUUCAUUUUUAACAAUUUUGUUAGACUGUAUUGUGACAACUGUCAUAUCAGCAUUAAAAAACACAACAAAGAAUUUUUGUACAGCCAUUUUAACACUGAAGAUGGAAGAAAAGAGGCAACAUUCUCCACAUAUUAUGCUUUAUUUCAAGAAAGGUAAAAACACAAGUGAAUUGCAAAAAAAAAAAAAGGCAGUGUAUGGUGAAGGUGCUCUGACUGAACAUAUCAAAAGUGGUUUGCAAAGUUUGUGCUGGAGAUUUCUCGCUGAACAAUGCUCCACCAUCAGGUAGACCAGCUGAAGUUGAUAAGAGAUCAAAUUGACACAUUCAGAAUAUUUAACAUACCACGCAGGAGGAUAGCUGACAUACUCAGAAUAUCCAAAUCAACAGUUACCGGUGAAAUUGAAAAAUGUGUCUUUAUUUUACAGAAAAAACUAAACAGACUUUUUGGCCAACCCAGUAUCAGGAUACUUGUAAACAGAGCCUUGCAUGUACGUGGUGGUCAACAGGUAACAAAUUACGCAUGCUUGCUUGCUUAUAUUCAGAAUGUGUAAAUUGCUCUCUUCAACAUUGUGCUUCUAGCUAAUAAUGACAGUAUAAAUUAUGUUUGGCAUAUAUCUAAAAAAAUAUUACUUUUCCUAGGAUUCUGCCAUCUUCAUAGUGAGUAAUGUAUGGUUCUUUAUUUUUGUUCAGUUUAAAAGUGAUAACCAAAGGAAAGAUUUUUCUUAUUCCAAUUCCUUUAAUUCACAUUCACAGGAUUCAGAAGCUAAUACAUUAUUAAAUAUGUAGUACUAAGAAACUACAAGAAUACUACUAUUAAGCUCAAGUCACUGUCUCUGUCACUUAACAUUAAUAUUAAAAAAUAUGAACAUUUUAUGUGGACCAAUGGAAUGAUUUUUACCAUUAAUUUAAAAAAAGAUUUUAUUCAUUUAUUUUUAGAGGGGGGAAAGGAAGGAGAAAUAGAGAGAGAGAAACAUCAUUGUGUGGUUGCUUCACAUGUGCCUCGUACUGGGGACUUGGCCAGCAACCCAGCUAUAAGCCCUGACUGGGAAUCGAACCAGUGACCCUUUGGUUCAUAGGCUGGCACACAAUCCACUGAGCCACACCAGUUAGGGCUAAUUGAUUCUUUUAAAUAGAAGAUUUUGUUGGUUAAAUCAGUAGACACUUAAUUUUCAUACUGAGUUCUAUUAAAAGUAUGUUUCAAAUUCAAAGCAUCCCCAAGGACCCACAGAAUAAAUACUGAAACUGACAUCCUUAAAUUCUGCAUUUUUGCUUUAAAUAAGGCAAUGAAUGCAAAGCUAACAAGUUGACCAAAUGUUUUAGAAAUAUUUAUAUUUUUAUAUGAAUAUAUAUGAAGUGAAAUUUGAAAUUUUAGUAAAAUUCUUGCAUGUUAAGGUCUGAAGUCUACUUUGAGCACUAGUUUAAAAGGAAACAUCUCAAACUAUAAAGUAAAUCAAUCAGUAUGCACUUUAUUUCAAGCCAAGAUUUUACAUUAAGACCAACAAACUAAUUGUAGGCAAACUGUUGAUUUACAUUUGAGAAAUAACAUGGUUUCUAUUUAGGUUCUGGAAAAGAAGUUUGUUGCCAUGACAUAAGACUUUACUUAACCUAAAAUCACCUGAAGGUGUUUUUAAGUAUAUCCUAAGGGUGUUGUUGACAAAGAAAAUAUACUGUUCUGGAACUAUACACAACUCAUGACCACAGUAUAGAUCUACUGAUGUUGAGUGGGUAAGUUCAUCUGUUCUCCAAAGGUAGUGAAAAAUAGUAAUUCACCAAAUAAAUGCUCAGAUUAGCAAGGAACAGUUAAAAAUGACCAGGAUUCAAACAGGUUAUUUAUAUCGUAUUUAUCUACAAAAAGGUGACAACACUAAAAAACACAUUGAAAACCAGUGUUUUAUACUCUGUAUGCGGGAUUUAAAAAUAUUCCAAUAACUUGAGACUGCAAUAUUGUUUUCCUUUUUUUAAAUUUACCAAAUAGCAUCUGACUGGCAAUUCUGGUGUAAUUUAUAGCUGUAAUAUUCCGAAAAGAAAUGUCCACAUACUAUGGCCUAUCAAAUAUAAUCUGCCCUUUCCAAAUCAUUGUAAAACUUUAUCCAUAAUUUAUACAUUUUAUAUUUGUAUACUUUAAAAAAAUUAAAUUUUAUUUUAUAGCUAAGUGAAUUUAGAAUGUAAAUUAAAUUUGGACACCUAAUAUAACGGUCUUCACAACUUACUCCCCAUUCUUUAUUUUUUUUAAACACUGGAAGCAAAUGAUUAUGAAAAUGAUGCUGCAACUUAAGGCAUUUUAAAAGGAAAAAUAAUUAGGUGCCAUCUGGCAUUUUAUUUUGAAAGUAUAUUUCUGUCUUACUUUUUUCACUAGCAAAAGACUAAAACACGAACCAUUUUUAUAAAUAUGACUAUAAUAAUCAGAACACAAAAAAACUGUAGGCAUUGCUAAGAUAUUUAAAAUAAUGUAAUACUUUCCUACUCACCUAAAAGAAAAAUACUUUUGAUUACCAGUUUAUAAACAUCAGAGUCACUGGCCACGUGAAAAGGUCCAGCAAAUAGAAUUUUAAUUCAGCAACACUUGAGAAUGAAUAUAUAUACACAUACAUGAUUACAUGUGUAUAUAUAUUCAUUUUAUAUAUGUAUUCAAUAGGCAUUCCCCCACAAAAUUGAUUCAUCCUUAAUUGCCAGUUUUAAUAAACACUUGUUAACAGAUCAUCCAUUUGUCUUAUAUGAAGUUAGGCAAUAUCAAAUGUUCUGUUAUGGUCUCCAUCUUCUUCAGAAUCAUCCUCUGAAGCUGUUGAAAGAAAACGGGAUGAUCAAGAAUGAUUUUAAGGGGGAUGAGAGUGGAAGUAUAAAUAUGAAGCCAGAAUACCAAUGACUUGUAAAAUAAAAUCCCAAUUUAGUAUGGUCCCAAACAAAAUCCCAAUUUUGUUUGGUCAAAAUGGCAAAUUAUGACAGGGUUAGGGUGGUUUGACUGUGGUUAAUGCCCAUCCACAAUACGUCCACCCCCAAACCUUUUUAUGUUAGUUUUUAUAAAAAUGAAAAUGUUUACAAAUGUGAUUCAAGAACAUUUUCUAAAAAGUUCCUGAGAUCAGUUUUUGUUUACAGUAGCCAAUUAUGCUACAGAAAAAGUGAACUUAAGGCAAGUACUCUCACACACCUGAGUAGAAUCUGGCUUAUUACCACUGCAUGUUUUGAUACAUCCAGUGAGAAUGAAAGAAUAUGUAUACAAAUAAUAUGUUAUGGGCAUUCUUGCAAAUUACAUCAAAGCUAUGUCUGUAUAAUGCCAAGAAAAAGCUCUAUUUAGUCCAAAUAGCUUUAUAUAGAACACAGCCUAAGUUAAAAUAACUGGAUUCAGUAAAAAUCUUGUUGAAAUGAUUCCUAUGACAUUAUAUUGUCAGAAACCUCACUUUUGCAACAUUUCUGAUCUCUAUUUUAGAGUCAUUAGUGGCUCAAGAGUUUAAUAUGAAACAUCUUGAAGCGUCUUCUGAAAUAACAUUAAGAAUUCUGUAAACUGCUCUGCAUGCUGGAGAAAAUAGAAGUUGACUAAAAUAAACAUUCAACUAGCAUAUUUCCCCCUAUUAUCAAGGGCAGAAAGGUUAAAUGUAUACUUGUCUUGUGUUAAUACUGGAAAAUUUAAGAGUACUCAGCAAGUGGAAUCAACAAGAAAAUUACAACAAGAAAGUGAAGUACAGAUGAAACUUCACUUUCCAUAUUUCAGUCUAUUUAUCUUGUAAAAAACUUAAAUUCAUUUUUAAUAAAUGAUAUCAAGCAUAUACUUAACUCAUGAAUGAGUAAAUCCUAGGGUUAAGUUUUAUGCUUUAUCAUGGAGCAGUAUCAAACUAAAAAAUACUCUGGUACUUCGGAGUUAACUUGUAGCACCCACAAUACCUUUCAUUCUCAGCUGAGCUGGAGUAUAUUUCACCUCCAUUCUUUUCCUUCUCAUGUGAAUGACUUCCUAUCUUAUAUACCAUAUGCCUUUACAUACUUUUACACAUACUAAUUAAAAUCCUAAACAUGCAUUAUCUGGUUAUACUUCUACUGCUUUCAAAACUUAAAAAUACAGAAUGACAAAAUCCAUGUCUUAGAGUAAUCAAGGAAUGAAAGGUUCUUAUGAUGACUAAGUUCUUCUCACACCUUACUUCAAAAAAUGCUGAACAUUCUCUAAACAUGAAAAUGUUAGGCACACUACAGCCAUUUUCAACUACUUUGAAGAUGAUAUAGAAGGUAAUUAAUUGGAGAAUAUAUUAUUUUAAAGCACUUCAAAGAGUACAUUGGAAUUUAAUCAUGGGGAGCCACUUGCUUUGGGUGAAAAAGUACUACCAAACAGGGUAAUCUUGGAGUGUUGGAACUGUUCCAGAGCCACCAAUAUUCCUGGUAUGAAGCACCAUGGAAGUUGUAGGACUCUGAAAAGAGGUAUGUUGUACAGAUACCUGUAAAGACUUGAACAUUAAAUGCUUUCAUAUAGGAGCCCAGGCAGAAAUCCUAAUGCUGGAAUGUGAUCUUAAAAGACUGGAGCUGCUUGCUGGUGGAGCUGGCUACCUAUUAAAGGUCCAUGAGAACCAAAACAAGGAGCAAACAAAAACAAUCCCAACAACCACCAGCCUAUCACUAUGGCUUCUGUUAUGGGCUCAAAAUUGGGGCUCUUUUACCCUUAUUUUCCUAGAACUAUAUAUAAGCCCAGGAAAACCUUAUACGAACUAACAAAACUGAGUAACUAAUAAAAAAUUCUCUGUGUGCACACAAAUCUAACAGAUUAGUAAGUGUUGUUUGCUUACUUCUCAAAUAUGUCUUAAGUGUGAAAAUUAAGGUGAUCAAAAGUUUACUCAAAAUAGAAUAUACCAAUGAUUAAAGUUAGAUUAUUCCGUACCUUAAAAUUAAUACUACUUAAAAAUGUUUUGUAAUAAACGAACGUCAGUUGCCCA